UAUUCUUGUACCGCGGCCCUGCAGCCUCGAGCAACUCCGAAUCCUCCCCAGCUUGGUGAAUGUAGCCAAUACUGCUGGAGAUAGACCAAUCGCCGAACGCGACGUCGAUUCUUGGUACCCUUGCCAUUGUCGUUCUCUCAGAGCUUGGACGCCUGCAUGCCAGGAUAACUUCGACCUGGACUUCGCAGUUGCGCCAACCCGUUGUCGCGCGCUUUGGUGUCAUGUCCGCCUUUCACGCUCCGCCCGCCGAGGUCUCCGGUGUACAGCAGCCAGAAUUGUCUCGCUCAGGGUCAGAGUGCGAGACCCAAAAUGGCACCAUGGCAACUAGCGAAUCUUCACUGGAGAACAUGGCAGACGGGAAUGCUCUCGAGCAGUUUGACCCUCAUGAUGAGGAGGAUGUUGACGAUUCCGUGAAAGAGGACAUGAAGAGACUAGAAGAAACAUUCCCAGGGAUAUCUGAUCGCUUUCGAUUGGUCAACCGCAUAGGUGAAGGGACUUUUUCGACGGUCUACAAAGCAGAGGAUCUCCUGUAUGAUCACUAUCAAAAUGACUGGGACACGUUUCAGGACAGUAAAGACGGCAACUGGGUGAACCCUCCAUCUAAGCGACGUUCGGUCGACGGAGAAAAAAGUCCGACAUAUUCUGCGAAGCGACGAAGACCGCGAUACGUUGCUUUGAAGAAGAUCUAUGUUACGAGCAGUCCUCUUCGCAUACAGAAUGAACUCGAGCUGCUCCACGAUCUUCGAGGCUGUCGAUCGGUAUGUCCCUUAAUUACUGCUUUUCGCUAUCAGGACCAGGUCGUAGCAGUCUUGCCCUUCUUUCCGCACACCGAUUUUCGUAUUCAAUAUCGUACAUUCAUGGUUGCGGACAUGCGACAUUACUUUCGAUCCUUGUUUACUGCUUUACACUCGGUUCACAAGCAUAAUAUUCUCCACCGCGAUAUCAAGCCGACUAAUUUUCUCUACAACCCUGAACUCCGAGAGGGCGUAUUGGUGGACUUCGGUCUUGCCGAACGCGAGGGCUCGGAGUAUACCGGUACCUGCUUGUGUGCAAAUUCGGGCCAAAUACGUCGCAAUAGAUUUUUUCAAAGCUAUUACUAUACCCAUUGUGUCUCGUCUCAGCAUACUGCAUCUCUAGGAUAUCCAAAAAAUGACUCCCGUCCUUCAAGGCGCGCCAAUCGAGCAGGAACCAGGGGGUUCCGUGCGCCUGAAGUCCUAUUCAAAUGCACUUCACAAACAACUAAAAUUGAUAUGUGGUCGGCCGGUGUCAUUCUUCUGACGUUACUCGGUCGUCGAUUUCCAUUCUUCAACUCGGCUGAUGAUGUCGACGCUAUGAUCGAAAUGGCCAGCAUAUUCGGCACACGUCGCAUGAAGCAUGCGGCAGCAAUGCAUGGGCAAAUAUUUGAAACCAACAUUCCAACUAUUGGAGAAAAGGGUUACAGCUGGGAGAAGCUUGUGAAAUGGGCGAGUUGCGUGGAGGAGCUGACCGAGAGUGAAAAACAAGCCACUCGUCUAUUGGCUGGGCUCAUGGAAUUAGACCCUUACAAGCGCCUCAGCGCUAAAGAAGCCUUGCAACACGAAUUUUUUGCUGACCCCAUAGAUCACGACGUGGAAUGGGGCGGGAAUCCGGAUGACAGCGGAGAUACCGGCGAGGAGGGUGAUAAAGACGAUGAUGAAGCAGAUGAUGCAGCAGACGAGGUAGCAAUGAUAUAAUAUAUCCUGGAAGAAUUAUGUAUGGC